CACAGGAAAAGGCCAAGUGAAUGGAUGUGGUGGUGUAGGAUAAACAAGUAGAAAAAUGGAAUGAUGCCGCAGGACUUGUGCCUGUGAUGAUAUCAUGUGUCGUCCAAAAGCCAAAUAUAUCUCUGCUUGUGCAGGAACUCCAAUUCCCUUCCCUUUGUGUGCAUCCAAGUGAUAGCUUGUGUAUCCCUUUAAAGUGAUCCAUGUUGCCAUGUUGGUGGUGGCGAGAUGUAGAUGACAAGAGCAUCUCAGUUAUUAAAGGGACUGCAAAAUUCCACAAGAAAGAGACUGCCAUUUGUUCUGCCACCUCUGAUCUCAUCUUCUUCUUUCUGUGACAGGAGGAGGCCAUUUCCCGCAGGGAAGUGCCGAGGGUGCAUCAAGCAGCUUUUCCUUUAUCGCAAUUCAAUGCCUUUAUGCAGCUGAAGGAGGCCUAAGCCUCAUCGACAAUAUUUCUGCCGAACAUGAACAGUUCCAACCCAGAACCAUCAUCAUCAGAUGUCUUGGAAGAAGCAAGCAGUCAAGCGGCUUCCGAUAUGUGUGGCCAAGAGUCUUCUCCUACUCCGCCGCCCUUCUCUCUCAAUCCCUCCCUCACCAUCAACGCAGGUCCAACAGCACCAUCAGCUGUUCCGUGGUCGAGCACAAGCGAAGGCGGCAGCGCACCGAGUUCACAAAGAGUCUUCUCCUGCGGCUACUGCCGACGCAAGUUCUUCAGCUCCCAAGCCCUCGGUGGCCAUCAGAACGCUCACAAGAGGGAACGAACGCUCGCGAAGAGGGCACUGAGUUCGCAUGCAUUUCUUCCACGCAGUUACGCCAGCAUUGCGUCUUUGCCCCUUCAUGGAUCUGCUCUCCGGUCACUGGAGAUCAAAGCACACUCAUCGGUGCAUCAGAAGUGGAGAGAGAUCCAUCGCAGCAGCAGAAGGUGUGGAAAAAGCUUGCUCGAGCCGAGGCCCGUCUUCCUGGAGGAUGAGGAGACGAAGUUCCGUUGGCCUGGAAGCUUUAGGCCGAUGGCAGGUUCGAGUUCAGAACCGGCGGAGGAUUCAGAUGUGGCAACAGGGGAUCAGCAGCCGGUAGAGGAACCCGAUCUCGCUCUCAGACUCUAAGCGCAGAAGCUGGCAUCUUCUCUCCGAAAGCUUGUGUGUUCUUGAUGUCAUUCAUGAACAAUAAUUCUAUGCUUCUCGGUGUGAUGAUACGUCUCCAGGAGAAAGAAUUUACUUCCGCCGACUAAA